AACCUUCUUCUAAUUCCCCUCUUAGAUUUAGCAAUUUCGAAUUUUUUCCGGGAAUUCUUCAACCAGAAUGGAAAUCUAUGCCAUCGGCGAUUCCCGGACGGUGGCCGCCGUUCAAGAUUUAGGGUGUUUUGCGAAAUUCUAUUUGCAUCGCCCUCACAGCUUCACCUGCAACAAUUUCCUUGCUUUGUGCUCGGAUUCUUUGACGGAGACUUCCGAGCUUGUCCAGAUAACCGCAGCUUUUCUUCCGGCCUACGCCUUUGCUCCUCCCACCGUUAAAUCCAAUUACAAGACCACGACACGCACUAUUCUUUGGAGAAAACGAAGAAUAAGGCGAAGGACGAUCAGCUCCGAUGAUUCCGAUGAAGUUGAGGAUUAUGGAUUCUUUGGUGAUGAUGGAUACGGUACGUUUGGGGGUGGAAGCGGUGGCGGUGGCGGUGGCGGUGGCAAGGGGUGGAAUUUCAAUAGAUUUGGAGGGCAUGAUUGGGAUGACUCUUCGUCUCCGCCUCCGUGGUCUGCUCCGGCCUUGUCUUUUAUUUAUGAGGUGAUUUGUUGGAUUGCCUUGUCGAAUUGCGUGCAUUUUGCGUUCAAGAAGUUGGCCAGGACCGUGCCUGCUGGUAUUGAAGAUGCUGAUAGAGAAAAGGUUCCAAUUAGAUUGGCCUCAAUUUGCUGACGUUUCAGCCUCGUUUCUUUGAUUUAUGGGGUACUAUGGAUUCUCUGCUCGCAUGUUUUAUUACAUAGCUCAAUGUACAUACUGGAUAUAUAUUAUUUAUUUGCUUUAAAUCUGUUUAUGAUUCAAAUCUUGUAUAUAUUCUCAUCAUUUCUAUGAUUUCAGUCA